ACUCUUAGUUUGAAGCUCGUGUGUGUUGUUGCUGUUUUCCUCGUCGAGCUGCUGCACUGGGAAAAUGUCUCGAGUCUACGUGGGGAAACUGAGCUAUCGCGCCAGAGAGAAGGAUGUCGAAAGGUUUUUUAAAGGCUACGGGAAGAUACUGGAAGUGGACCUGAAAAACGGGUAUGGUUUUGUGGAGUUCGAUGACCCCCGUGAUGCAGAUGAUGCCGUGUGCGAUCUGAACGGUAAAGACCUUUGUGGGAAGAGAGUGAUCGUGGAGCACACCAUAGGACAGCGGCGUGAUGGCGGCAGCAGAUCUGGAAGAAGUAGUCGGUAUGGGCGUGGAGGAGGAGACCGGUACGGCCCACCCACUCGCACAGAUUACAGGCUGAUUCCAGAAAAUCCAUCCAGCAGAUGUGUGAUGGAUUCACAGGACUACAUGCGUCAGGCUGGCGAGGUGACUUACGCAGACACUAACAAGGGCCGCAAGAACGAGGGGGUCAUUGAGUUCAGGCAGUACUCAGACAUGAAAAGAGCCCUGGAGAAACUGGACGGUACUGAGGUCAAUGGAAGGAAGAUCCGGCUCAUCGAGGACCGGCCUGGUGCCAGACGCCGCCGCUCCUACUCUCGCAGUGCCUCCAGGUCCCGCUCCAGGAGCAGGAGGUCUCGCAGGAGCCGAAGCCACAGCCGAACCAGUAGCCGCUCAAGAGCCUCGGGCUCGCGAUCACGCAGCAGGUCAACCAGCAAGAAGACGAAGGGCAGGAGCGGUAGGAUGGAGGAGAGCAGUAAUGGAGCUCGCAGGGGAGGUGAAAGCGCCAGAGAUAAUAGCACGAGCUGCAGCCCUCCGAGCAAAAAGAGCAAACGGGAGAACAAGAGAGCUCGCUCCUAUUCUCGAUCCAGGUCCCGAUCCCGGUCCAGAUCUCGAUCCAAAUCGGGAAACAACAGGGAUCUCUCCAGAGAGUCUGGGUCCAGAUCUCAGGAGGCAACCAAGAGCGGCGAUGAAGGCCGUGUGGCGGAAAAGGCGCAUUGCUCUAGAGCUCAUUCUCGGUCCAGAUCACAAACGCCACCAGAUGCUGAUCUGCGAAGGGAAUCUAGAUCCAGAUCCAAAUCCAAAUCGCGCUCACAUUCACGCUCGCGAUCUUAUUCCCGAUCUCGAUCCCGCUCAAGGUCUCGGUCCUAAGUUAAAAAAAAAUUAUUAUUUUUUUUUUCUUGUUUUCCAGUCUGUCUAAACAUCUUUAAAACAAGAAUAUAUCUUGAGGUAAAAGGUUUUUUUUUUUUCUUUUUUCUUUUUUUACCCCACUGACAAUUAAAUUGUUAGAUCUGUGCUAUAAACAAGAGACAAUCUGUGGUUGAGGUAAGAAAAUAAACCGAAUUCAAGAUAUAUUAUCUGAAAACAAGUGAGAAUGUUACUUUUUUUGAAAAGCAAAACGGUGUCUUGUUUUUAAAUAUUUUUUGAAAAUAAGACAAAAAUAGACUGAAAAUUGUCUAAAUGUUCUGCCCUGCAUUUCUCUUCUUUAAAGCAAACUUCAUUUUUCUGUGUGUGUGUGUGUUGUUUUUUUUUUUUUUAUCCUUUUUUGUCAGAUUUGUCAAUUAGGGAAAUAGCUUAUUCACAGUUCAGUAUUAUCUGGUAUUGUUAACCUUAUGCAUCAUUUUUAGUAGUGUUUUUAUUUUUAAAUUGCUUGCGAUAUAUUUUAUUCAUGAAGACUGUGUAAAAUUAAACCAACAGUAGAUGUCCUUGUCUUUGCAUCAUAUAUUUAGAAAUGUACCAUAGUUGUUGUCAAGCUGGGGCAGAGUUUAUGGUCUUUUUACAACAAAGUUCCCCAUACAAAAAUAAAAAAAAAAACUGCCUCACAA